AUGGGGGGUGAGGCCAAUGAGGGCAGCCCCGGGGAUGAGCUCUUCGACACGGUCAACUCUUCCCUCGUGUCCGGCGACAGCAUCUGCUUCUUGGUCAACGUCAACCUGGAGGUCCAGCAGAGCCUCGCAGACAGUGAAGGGUCCGGCUGUGUGCUGCUGCACACAUCCAGGAAGUACCUGAAGCUGAAAGACUUUGAGGAGGAGAUCCGGGCACACCGGAAACUGGACGGCUUCCUGCCCUGGGCCAGCAUCCUCCUGGGCGAAACGGCCACGCCCCUGGACGAUGUCCUGUGCAAGUUGCUCAGACAUUUCACCGAAGAUGCCGACAGCACCGAGCCCAACUGCAACUUCGACAAGAUCAUGAGCACCCUGAUCACCGACUUGAGCACCCACUUCGGUUCUCCACUUGACACCGCAUGUCUUUGUCUCCCCGGUCCACCUUCUCUCAUCAUCCAGGGGAUGACGGCCACGGUGACGGGGGUCCAGUACCAGAAGUCCUGGCUGUGCAUCGUCUGCACCAUCAAGACCCUGCAAAGGUGCCAUAUUUGUAUCAGCCGACUGGAGCAACCUCAGAACUGGGGAGAGAACUCCUGUGAGGUGAGCAUCGUCAUCCUCAUGCUGGCACCGCCCGAGAUGAAGAGCACCAAGACGACCACAGAGGUGGGACGGAACUUCGCCACCGUAUUUUUCGACAUCACCUUCCACCUGAAGCUGCUGGAGACCAAGACGGAGGAGGAGUUCAAAGAGGCCCUGGUGCACCAACCAUAUCUGCUGACCAUGGUCAACCAACACCUGCCAGCCGGCUUCAGCGAAACCCUCAAGGAACCCGGCCACAAGGCCCUCCAGUUGAACGACUUCUUCUGGGUCAGGAAAGGCAUCCUGGAUGACAUUGCCCAGCGAUUCCCAAUGUUUGCGCUGGACUUGACCUAUGUUAGGCAACCAGAGGGCAUCAUCAGAAGCAAUAAGGCGGUGGGGAAGUACAUCACCACGAUGAUGUUCCUGUACUUUGACUGCCUUUUGCCUACCAUAGCCUUUGGCUCCCUCAAUGACGAGAACACACACGGUUCCAUAGACGUGCAGAAGACUAUCGUGGGCCAGUGCAUCAGCGGGCUGCUAUACGCUCUGUUCACUGGGCAGCCCCUGGUCGUGCUCCUGACCACCACCCCUCUAGUGCUCUACAUCAACGUGAUCCAGGGCAUCUGUGAUGACUACAGCCUGGACUUCCACAUCUACGCUUGGACAGGGCUGUGGAACAGCUUCUUCCUCAUCCUCUACGCCGUCUUCAAUUUCAGCCUGCUCAUGAAACUCUUUAAGCGGUGGAUCAUCGCCCUGUUCAUCUCCAUCACCUUUGUACUCGACCCCAUCAAGGGGAUCAUCACAAAAGUGGUUGGUGACAGGACAGGCAUCAAAAGUGCCCGGGGAAUGGUUGAAGACUGUAGGGGUCGCCCUGCCAAUGGACCCCCAGGCAUGAACCAGACCGGCGGGCAUGAGCUGGCACACUACAGGCAGGAGACAGCCGUGCUGAGCCUCAUGAAUAUGCUGGGGACCCUCUGGCUGGGCCACACCCUCUACCAGUUCAAGAAGACCCCUACCUGCAUGCACGCCCACAUUCGGGAGAUCCUGUCCGACUGCGCAGUGCUCAUCUCGGUGCUCACCUUCUCCCUUGUAGGCUCCUAUUUCUUCCAGGAGAUAGAGAUAUCCAAGUUCAGCUACAACCCCAGUGAGAACCUGCUUGAGCUGGCUCCGGUGCACUUGCUGUCCAGUGGUGUGGCCCUGAGAGCCAUGGGCCUGGGCUUCUUGAUGUCCAUGUUCUUUUUCAUCGAGCAGAACAUCGUGGCAUCGCUGGCCAAUGACCCCAAAAACAGGUUGGUAAAAGGCACAGCUUACCACUGGGACCUGCUGCUGGUGGCUCUAAUCAACACGGGGCUGUUCCUGUUCGGUCUGCCUUGGAUCCAUGCUGCCUACCCACACUCCCCCAUGCAUGUCCGAGCCCUGGCCUUCGUGGAGGAGCACGUGGAGAAUGGGCACAUCUAUGAGACGACCGUGAGUGUGAAGGAGACUCGACUGACCACCCUGGUGGCCAACGUCCUGGUGGGGUUGUUCCUCCUGCUGCUGCUGCCCUUCCCGCUGCAGUAUCCCGUGGUCUAUGGCCUGUUCCUCUACAUCGCCCUCACCUCCAUCGAUGGCAACCAGCUGUUGGAGCGGGUCGCCCGGCCCCCUCCCGCUCCUACGGCCUACUCUCCAGUGCAUUGCAUCUGGCGGGUACCCCAGCGAACCAUCCACUACUUCACCGUGCUGCAGGUGCUCCAGCUGCUGCUCCUCUGUACGUUCGGCAUGUCUCCUCUGCCCUACAUGAAGAUGAUCUUCCCCCUCAUCAUGAUUGCCAUGAUCCCCAUCAGGUACAAUCUGCUGCCCAGGAUAAUCAAAGCCAAGGACCUAGUUGCCAUGGACGCAGAGCACUAG